GGGAAGGGCUGCCAAGCGCCCAGACGCGUGCGAAGGACACGGGACGGCAGCAUGAGCCACCCAGCUAGCGAAGUGAGCCCAGGAUUGCCCCUUCCUCCAGCCUCAAGAAACACAAUGGCAUAGACCACCACAUCCACCAAGGAUGGAGCAGUUUGUCCGGAAGCGUUUGACCUUCUUGACAUCCUUCUGGAACAAGCUUCGUCCCCGCUCUGUGACAGAGAGCUGCUCAAUGGGAUAUCUUGGUUCCGAUUCCAUUUCUCUGCACUCAGAGGCAAGCUCCAUUUCCUUCCUUCCCAAGUCUUCUCUGUUUAUUGCUUUAUACGCUUUCACAGCCCGGAGCGCAGAAGAACUGAGCAUAAGCGCAGGGGACAAACUGCGUGUCCUCAGAGAAGAAGGAGAAUAUGUCUUAGCCCGGCGGCUCCUAGGGGAACCAGCCAUGGGCUACGUUCCUGCUGCGUACGUGGCCAACCUCAGCCAGGGCACCUCCACUCACCGGCCCUGGUAUUUUAGCAAAAUCAGCCGAAACGAAGCCGAGCAGCUCCUCCUCUCGCCUCCCAACCGGCAUGGCUCCUUCCUCGUCCGGGACAGUGAGAGCAGCAAGGGCGAAUACUCUCUCUCAGUGCGCAAUCACGGGAAGGUCAGCCACUUCCGAAUCUGCAAGAGCCCCCGGGGCAGCCUCUACAUACAGAAGGGACACCUCUUCCCUGACAUGGAAGAACUUCUCGCCUUCUACACCAAGCACUGGAAAGUCAUCCAGAGCCCCUUGCUGCAGCCCUGCAGUCCCGCGACUCCCCCUGAGAGGGACAGCUGGGAGCGCCCACGCUGGGAGUUCACCCUGCGGAGGAAGCUGGGAGAAGGGUACUUCGGAGAGGUGUGGGAAGGACUGUGGAAGAACUCGGUGCCAGUGGCCAUCAAGAUCAUAAAAGCUGAUAUGAAGGCAGAAGACUUCACUAAGGAGAUUCAGAACCUGAAGCGCCUCAGGCAUGAGAAGCUGAUCCAGCUGCAUGCCGUCUGCUCACUGGAUGAGCCUGUGUACAUCAUCACUGAGCUCAUGCGGAAAGGCAACCUCCACAGCUACCUCAACAGUCCUGAAGGGAAGUCCCUGGGCACCUGCCACCUGCUCAACAUCGCCUGCCAAGUUGCAGAUGGGAUGAGGUACCUGGAGGAGAAACACAUUGUCCACCGGGACCUGGCGGCUAGAAAUAUCCUGGUGGGAGAGGAACUCACUUGUAAAAUCGCUGAUUUUGGACUUGCUCGUCUUCUCAAGGAUGACAUCUAUUCUACCAGCAGCAGCACCAAAAUCCCAGUGAAGUGGACAGCCCCAGAGGCAGCCAACUAUCGUACCUACUCCCUCAAGUCUGAUGUCUGGUCCUAUGGGAUUCUGCUCUAUGAAGUCUUCACGUACGGACAGAUCCCAUACGAAGGAAUGACGAACCAAGAAACUGUACGGCAAAUCACCAGGGGCUACCGGCUUCCCCGGCCCAGCUCCUGCCCUCCCGAGAUCUACAGUAUCAUGUUGGAGUGCUGGAGCGGCAACACAGAGGAGCGUCCUACCUUCCUGGCCCUGCGGGAGAAGCUGGGCUUCAUCUACAGACGGCUGCUCAGCUCCCUCUCCUGAGGGACCUUCUCCCACCAUCCUUCCUGCACAAGCCCCUCCAGGCCAGCUCUUGCCAAGCCGCUCCUUCCUUCUGGUUUGCCUUCUGACAGGGCUCCAAGGAAAGGACAUCACCCCAAAAAUCAACGCAUAGUCCUUCUUGGUCAGGAUGCAGGGAGGUGGCCAAGGGAAAAGGCGAUGAGUUGUGGAGAACUCAUUUGCUGGUGCUUGGCUGUGUAGCAGUCUGGAAAAGCCCAGUGGUAGUGAAGGAAUCACCCAGAGUUUACAUCUUCAUUCAGCCAGUAGUAGGGUGGGAGGUCCCUGCCGCUCCCCACGCCACCGUGAAGGUUUGCAGUAUGUGUUCAGUUGUGGCUCCGCUUGAUUUUUCUUGUAGUGUGUCCAGUGUAUUUAUCAAUAAAUGUGUGUGUAUCCACCCACAUGGGUCCUCGCAGGGCAUUGCUUGAUGUUCUGCCCUCACUGUGCUGCUCCUCUCCUGCCCAGAAGCAAUGGUUUACAACCAGUCCUGUUCUUUGCACCAUAGAUACAACCAUCUUCAUGUCUUUUUGGUCUCUGCUUAUCCAGGUGUGCAUUAAACCGUGUGCUUCUGCAACUCUUUCCCCAGUGCUCCACCUGCCUGAAGGACCUUGCACAGGCAGCUCCUGCCUGGGCUGCUCUGCUCUGGCUCUUUGUCUCCCUCACCAUCAUGUGGUUAUUCCAAGGAAAAAGUAUCUCUGGGUUCAAAUGUUUAGCACCUGCUUAGCCCAGGUGAACGCAGCACUUGGUAAAACACUGCUUAUCACAGCCCAGGUGCAAAGCCAAGAGAUGCUCCCACCACCCCCAGCUCCUCACUUGAGCCCCUCUCACCAGUCUUGGGGUACAGCAGUACAGGAGAACCUUGACCUUCUUAUCCUUUCCAAGCUGGAAGGAGCCUUUCCUCUGGCCAAGAACCUUUUGCCGCACCACGCACGCUUUUAGAGGUGGGCUGUCCUUGGCAGUGGUGGAAGGACCCAUGGCAAAGCAGCACCAGGAGCGGUGCUGAGGUCCUGGGCUGGUGCAUGCAGCUUCCCUGGGGCUCGAGCACUGGAAAGGGGAGGUGGGAAUGUGGUUUAGGUGUGUGAUAAAUCCUGAUCCAGCCACGCUUCUUCUGAAGCUCAAGCAAGGGCGAGGAGGUUGUUGAGCCCUUGGGAGCUGUGGCCAUGCUCUGGGAAGGUGGUAGCUCUGGUUUAGAGUGUUCACAGCUGGAAAAAGCAACAGGUUGGGUUUGCUGUGGUGUUUGGGCACAGUUACAAGAGGAAACUCAUCUUGCAAAGCAUUUUGCAGCCUGAUCAGACACUUCAGUGAAGAGCACAUGCAGGCACAGCUCAGCCCACCUCCUAGGAGAAACUGAAGACCAAAGUCAUGGCUUGCAGGUAAUGGAUUUAUUGUAAGCCAAGAAAGAGUUGCGAUGUUG